GCACGAGUUGUUGCAGUAAGUUACUUAAAUGUUAGACUAGGUAAAGUCCUGUCGCUUAAAUUGUCAAGAUCAAGAUCAAAAUGCAGUCUAAGAUUAAAAUCAAGACUAGUACCCGUUGCAGAUGAAACAAACAGGCAAACCUAUAGGUAGACAGCAGAAUAAAUAAGCAACGAGAAUAAAACUGAGCAGUGAUGACAUUUUGAUUAGAAGGAAUAAUCCAAGUUACAGUUGAAGAUGGGAUCUCUAAACCUGUAUAUUCUGAAGCGACGGAUAAGGAAAUGGUGGAAAUAUCUCGUAGUCCUUAUCUUUCUCCUUGCUGUGUAUUUUGGAGGCUUCUUCCACAUCACUGGAAAUAUAAGUACCACACCUCCUUCAGAGCACUCCAGGAACACCAUGAAGGAGGUCUUUGCUUUACGAAGACAGAUUAGGUUGCUGAAGUCUGUCCUCAAGCAGUAUUCAAUACCUGAGAAAGAAUAUUCAGAUGUUUUGUUGCCAGUCAUAUAUGUCAUCACCCCUACAUAUACACGUCCACAGCAGAAGGCUGAACUCACAAGAUUGAAGUCGGUGUUUCUUCAUGUGCCAGCAUUGCACUGGAUUGUUGUAGAAGAUGCACCCAAGAAAUCUCAGAUGGUAUCCAACUUCCUGGAGUCGUCAGGACUGACUCAUACACAUUUGCAUCAGUCAACACCUCAAGAAUGGAAGCUUAAAGAUUCCGAUCCAAAGUGGCGGAAGCCCCGCGGAGUGCUGCAAAGAAAUGCUGGCAUCAGGUGGCUCAGGAGCAAGUUUGCACAUGAUGCCAAUCCUCGAGGAGUGGUUUACUUUGCAGAUGAUGACAACACUUACAGUGUGGAGCUUUUCCAUGAGAUGCGAGACACACACAAAGUUUCAGUGUGGCCUGUAGCACUGGUGGGUGGGGUGCUGGUGGAGCGGCCAUUGGUAGGAUCCAAUGGCCAGGUCUCGAGCUGGUUGGCUGGGUGGAAGGCUGACCGACCCUUUGCCAUGGAUAUGGCUGGCUUUGCAGUGAACUUGUCUCUUCUGCUAAAUAAGUCUGGUGUUGAGUUCUCCAUUGAUGCUCCUAUUGGAUUUCAAGAAUCAGUGUUCCUAGAAAAACUCAUUACUCAAGAAGAACUGGAACCUAAAGCUGAUCUGUGCACAAAAGUGUAUGUUUGGCACACCAGAACAGAACAACCAGACCUGAAGCAAGAGAUAAGGUUGAACAAGGUAGGGAAACAUACAGAUGAGGGAAUAGAAUUAUGAAACAAUAGUCUUACAGUUAUUAUAUAACUGUUACUGACUGCUUUAGACUUUAUUUAUUUCAGAGAGAAUAUUAAUUCUAAUAUAUAUAUAUAUAUAUAUAUAUAUAUAUAUAUAUAUAUAUAUAUAUAUAUAUAUAUAUAUAUAUAUAUAUAUAUAUAUAUAUAUAUGUAUAUAUACACACACACAAAAAAUAUUACCCAUUUUCUUGUAAUCUGUGAUAGAGGACUCACUUGUCACUCACAUCAAAUACUCAUUCAUCUUUCACGGUUGGAUUGGAUCAUCAUUGAUGUUUUCUUUGUUUUUAAUUAUUAUACAACAGAAUCAUGCAUACAUAAGUCACUGUAAUGUGUGUUAUCUUUGUUGAAACUGGAUCAAAGAAUGACAAGUGUUAGAAGGAAGCCUGAAACAAGAGAAAAAUAUUUUCAUUGUUUCCUUGUAUUCCUGUUAUUUCUCAAUUAAUUUUAAAAAACAUUUAAUCCAUUCAUAUAUAAGAUAAGAGUGUUUUAUGAACUAAUUUGUGAUCACUGAACUCUCAUUUGCAUAUGUGUUGGCUUCCUGAAUUACUUGAGUGAUAAAAUGAGUGUUCUGUGAUCAAAAUAAGAAUGACCUCUGAUCUGACAAUGAUUUACAUCAUUGACCUCACAUUUGUGUAUCAGAUGAAGCUUCCAAAGAGCUUGACAUCUCAACCAUCAGAUUUGAAGUUAUGAUGGCAAAAUUUAUACUCUCCAUCAUUAAGUCUAUGGGAAAUUAGCUAUCAUAAAUAUUUAAUCAAUAGUUGAAAAUUUUAGUUGGUGUGAAAUUUAUAUUUACUCAUCUUUGCCCAGAUUCUUUCCUUGCCUUCAGAAUUUCAAGAUCAGGGACUUGUGAACUAGGCACUUCAUCCUUCAUAUAUCCCUAUAAAAAGAAAUCAAAGGAGGAGGAUAUGUAUUUGGUGGAUGUGGUUGUCAAGAUCAUCAGUUUGGGAAGGUUCACAUUCUCUUCAAGAAGUAAAGGACAACUAAAACCCAGUGUAAUGGUGGACAUUUUAUUGGAAAACAACCCAAACUUGAAACUGCAUAUUGAGCUCCAACAUGUACAGAUAAAGGUUUGCUUAAGUUGAAGCUUCAGCUCAGCAAACUAAUAGAUUGGGAGAGAUCAGCCAACACUGGCUACAACAUUUACCUGACAUUAACUCCUUGGAUUUCCUUUUAUUGGUAUGAUUAAAAAAACAAAGAGCACAGUUUAGCAGUUCAUGAUCUUAGAACCAUGACAGCAAGGAUAAUAGUAGAUAUUCUCCAAGAAAUGAAUGGGGCACAUUUUCUCAAGUGAUGGAAAAAUUGAGAUAAGAUAUAAUCUGUAUAAAAUUUCAUGUUUAUUUCUACAAUUUGUUUUAUGUAAUAAAUGUUUGUAAUCAGGGAA